AAUACAAACGGUCUUCUCCCAACAGGAAGACAAGAGGUUUUUUUUUUCUUCCGAAAGUAAGUCAUUCCAUGUAUCAACGCAGGAGUUGUAUGUGAUGAAAAGAAGAUUCUAUCCAAUCGGCUUUUUCGGUUAAUUUGAGGAUGAGCGUUGUUGAAAUAAAUGAUGAGAAUUGUGGCGUCUGCCCUGGAGGAGGAAAGCACAGCGGCACAAGCGAUGACAUUUUCGCUCAAGAUCAGCCGACCGGGAGGCCGUCCAUCUUGCGUCAGACAGAAAACCUACCCAGCAAGACGGUGCCAAAGGGCAUCAAGGUUUGUUUCCAGACUCCAAGAAGAGACCCAAUGACCAAAAGGAUUAUGUCUCCUACAAAGUUGGUCAACACUGCAUGUGUGAAUGAGUGCACAAAAGCAAUGGAGUCUUUAAAUUUGGACAUGACCAAUACGAUGCCACCACAGACAUCUGAGCUACCUGAUGGUCCCAAAAAAGCGGAAUUAUCCUAUCCAGAUGAUGACAUGCCAAUACAAAGCAAAGGAGACUACCAGUUGGAUUUUGACAACCUUGACAACAUGAACCCUUUCCAGAGUUCUAAUAAGAUGGUCCUCUCACCUCCAAGGUCUCUACUUGAGAACUCUCCUGCCAAACAACCAGAAAAUAUCUGGAGUGAGCCCACCAGCAAGUCCGAUUCUGCAUUGGACGAGACCCUUCCCUUCGCCCCCACUGUAGAGAAUUCCCUGGUUUCCAGCGAGCUCAGCUCUGCAGACAGUAGUGUGGUUAUUAUGACUCUUCCUGCCAUGGAGCAAGAAUCACGCAGCGCCACACCUGAUGUCCCCGCCAAGACGUACCCAAACGGCAACCUGAAUGAACCUCUGGAAAGUCUUGUUGAAGAUGCUCCGCUGCCUUCAAAAGGAUCAUACAACUUUGAUGUAGACAACAUUGAUUUAAUCGAUCCUUUCAAAACAGAAGGCUCCAAAAUUCAAAACUCUCCUGUGCUGGAGAGGAAGUCAACAGAUGAUCAAGAGAUGAAGCAGAUCCAUCCUGUCGAUUUAGAGGUGCCCGAGGUGUUCCAGGAAAUGCCCGUUCAUGUUUGUGUGAAGCCUAUUGCCACUGUGGCCCCCAUUCCAUCUGAUGGCCAAGGUGCUGAAUCCAAGGCCCCGCCAACUGCUGCAUCUGCCAAGCAAGGCCCGAUCAAGCUGGACUUUAACUUUGAUGAUGGCGGUGAGGUGAAACCGAAGACGCCACCCAAGAGGGUUGGCAAAAGACCAUCAGGCCUCAAACCCAAUGAUAAUGAGUCGGAUUUGAAGGCACCAGGAGAACUUGUAGAAAAGUGUAUGGCCGGUGGCGAUGCAGAUGUGGGGGCCCUCAAAGCUGUGUACUCUUUAGACUUUGAAAAGCUUGAUGACCCCAAUUUUAAGCCUUUUGGAACAACGUCCAACAUCACCAACUCUCCCAAGAGCAGCCUCCAUACAAGUUCCCUACCCGCCCAGGAGGAUAAAACACCUGUUUGUGCCAAUGAGAACAUUUUCAUCCAAGUCAACAAACAAGCAGUACCAGACGUAAUCCAGAAAGCUGAGCAGACAGUCGCUGAUCUAGAUAAAGGUGUACUGCCAAAAGUGGAAUUACUUGCACAACAACCUGAAACCUGCGUGUCAGAAUUCAAUCAAGAGUUUGUUCCUGGGACUGAAUUCAUGGCCAACAACUUUGAAGAACAAAUUGACUACCUCGAACAGUUUGGCUCCUGCAGCUUUAAAGAGUCAGCGCUGCGCAAACAGUCUUUGUACCUAAAAUUUGACCCCCUACUGAGGGAGAGCCCAAAGAAGUCUGGAGGAGGCCUGAUUGUUCCAGCACAAGCUAUUCAGCCUACAGCACUUGUUUCACGGUUUGAAAUGCCACCAGUGGCUGAAAAAGAAGCUGCAAAUUUGCCUCAGAAGCUGAGCUGCAAACUGACUGAUGACAUUACAGCUCCAACGCCACAGACACUGGCAAACCUGGGCUCUUCUUUCUCACCGUCUGCAAACAUUGAGGACAUCAUUGAAGUGCUCAAGUACAGUCAGAAGGACAUGGACGCCGCCAUUGCCAAGGUCCAGGCUGAGGCAAAAAAAAAAGAGGAAGAAAUGUGUGCAAAGUAUAAGACGCUGCAUGACGAAGGUCAGGAAAUGAGGAAAAUCAUUGCAGAAUUUGAGCUAAUCAUUGCAAAAAUGAUAGCUGACCAAGAGAAGGAGCGUGAAGUUUCCCAGGGUAAACUUAACGAGGCCCACCUGGAGAAGAAGCAGAUCGCCAAUGACCUCAACAACUUAGAAAGGUCAUUCUCUGAGCUUUUUAAACGACUGGAGAAGUACAAGGAGGUCAUUGAUGGGUAUAAAAAGAACGAAGAGACGCUGAAAGCUUGUGCUCAGGAUUAUUUGGUGAGAAUCAAAAAGGAGGAGCAGCGUUACCACACCCUCAAAGCUCACGCUGAGGAGAAAAUCAGCCACGCCAAUGAGGAAAUAGCUGAGGUUCGCUCUAAAUACAAAGCCGAAGUGUCAGCCUUGCAAGUGAAGCUGCGGUGGGAUCAGCUGAAGGCGCAGUCACUAGAGAAGAACCUGGACCAGAAGAUGAAGGAGGUUGAAGACCUCACUAAACUUUGUGACGAUCUCAUCAGCCAAGUCCAGAAGGGUUGACAGGACUUCACUUAUUGUUCUACAUGUUUUGUACAUACUUCAUUGUUGCUCUCAUCAUUUUCUUGUUUGUCUUUUUUCAGUACUGUAAUAUUAAAAUAAAGAUGAUA